UAAGGUAUUCUUUCUAUAUUUCAGUGUGAUGUUUGUCUGUGCUGGCAGCAUGCUGUCUGUUUUGACCUGACCGUUGAGACCUUACCUAAGAAAUACAUCUGUUUUGUGUGCUCAGACCCGACAGGUGUGAGAGAAAGCUGUCGGUACAUUCACGAACAAGAUUGGAUCAAACAUGGAAUUCUGACCAAGUUUGGAUUUCUGAACUAUCAAGAGCGUGAUAUUCGGAGAGCAGGGACCAUCCAGGCAACCUGUGGUCUGGUAUCUGAUAUCCACAACAUUAACACAGUGCUACACAGUCUCAAGGAGGAAAUCAAACUGUCCAGAGAUCCUAGUCAUCCGCAGCUGAAGAUGUGGAUCACAGAUCUGGACAGUGAGGAAUUAUGUCCUGAGGACACAGGACAUGGCAGCUUCAACCAAUCAAAUAUUGUGACAGAUAGUGAUAUGAACCAGUCAGACACAGCAUUGCAUUCCAAAGUAGACCAGUCAAAAUCACAUUCAGAGUCUGUAGUAUCACAAAAAGACCAAUCACUGCCAGGAUUACGUAGUGAAACUCAUUCCACCCUCAACCACAGUACUCCAACAGAACUGAGCUGUAGUGCUGGCCUCGUUCUUAAGACUGAACCUGUAGACAUUUCUGAGAUUUCAAGUGAAAGUACAAGUGCUUUAACAUUUCAACACAGAGAAAGUAUCCCUGAUGUGGUCUCUGAGACAAAUACUGGUGAGGAUAAAGACAGUCUGACAGUAGCGACAGAAAGUGAGUCAACUGAGAAGGAAAUAAGUCCCACAACAGUUACUUUGUCCACGAGCCGAUCUACAGUUUCCCAGCCCACAGAAAGUCAGUCUACAUCACAUGAAUCCAUAUCAAGUCAAUCCACGGUGAGUCAGUCUACUGCAAGUCACUCCACAGCGAGUGAGUCCCUAGAAACCAGUACAACAGGGAGUCAAUCGACAGCGAGUGGGUCCCUAUUGACUGGUACAUCAGGGAGUCAAUCAACAGCGAGUCAGUCCCUUGAAAUCAGUACAACAGGGAGUCAAUCGACAGCGAAUCAGUCCCUAUUGACUGGUACAACAGCGAGUCAAUCAACAGCGAGUCAGGCCCUAGAAACCAGUACAACAGGAAGUCAAUCGACAGAUAGCGAGACGUUAGAUAGGAAACCAGAGUUAACUGGGCAGGCAGUGAAGCUACCAGUGAAGGAAGAACCUGUGAAUGAAUGUCAGGUGGAGCAGGAGGACCCAUUCCAACAGUGUGAGAACAACCUCCUUCAACACAUUUUCAGAGUUCAAGGUCAAAUUGACUUGCGACUUGACAUGAUUGAGGAACAAGUCUCAGCUCUGGAGGCUGCAGAGACAGGAAGAGGAGAUAACUCCUGCACAACUGUACAGAACACACUAACUGAACUACCCACACUCAAGAAGUCUUUUCACAUGUUACAGAGUGACCUUGUCAAGGUCAAGCGUAUGUCGGCCUACCAUAGAUAGCAGGACCCAACAAUUGGUUUAAUAUCUCUAACUGGUCAGUGAACCAUGCAAUAUUUCGCAGGUUGCUACCGAGUAACUGUGACUGUGACCGGCCAAUCGACCAGGUAAUAUGUUACAACUGGUGUAACUUACGGCCUUGAUGUGAUCGAUUAUGACUUUCAGUAAGAGGAAAAGAGGUCAUUUAAAGCCAAGGAGUUGCAUAUUAAAGAGUGUGAAGGCCUGGUGCUGUCAAAUCAUGCUUAACAAUUCACAGACAUCAGUGAAGACAAUGAAAGUGUUGAUUGUUGUUGAACAUCAUUAAAUUUAAAUUAUACAGGU